AGUAAAAGACCUUAUCUUGAUUGGUUUAAUUGUUAUAGUGGACCCACCUCAAUACGGUGAGUAACGGAGUAUCUUGUGACUGUCUUAAUACAGUCCUAAUUCAUGCAUUCAUUUUCCUGUCUCUGUCUGCUAAUCAGGGAAAAGAAACAGAGACAAAGAUGGCUAUGAGACGUGCUAUUGCAUCCGCAAUCAGGACUACUAAGGCUACUUCAGUAUCUUCAUCUUUUGCCAGAAAUCUUCAUGGAUCUUCCAGUAGCAAGAAGAUUGUAGGGGUUUUCUACAAAGCAAAUGAGUAUGCAUCAAUGAAUCCCAACUUUGUGGGCUGUGUGGAAGGUUCACUGGGAAUACGUGGAUGGCUGGAGUCACAGGGCCACCAGUACAUUGUAACCGAUGACAAAGAUGGCCCAGAUUCUGAACUCGAGAAGCAAAUUCCUGAUCUCCAUGUUCUCAUAUCAACACCUUUCCAUCCUGCCUAUGUAACGGCCGAAAGGAUCAAAAGAGCAAAGAAUUUGGAGCUAUUGCUCACUGCUGGAAUUGGGUCGGAUCACAUCGACCUGAAAGCUGCAGCAGCUGCUGGUCUGACAGUUGCCGAGGUGACUGGAAGUAAUACUGUCUCUGUCGCAGAAGAUGAGUUAAUGAGGAUCCUCAUUCUCGUCAGGAACUUUGUGCCGGGAUAUCAUCAAGCGAUAAGUGGGGAGUGGAACGUUGCUGGCAUUGCUUACAGAUCUUAUGACCUUGAAGGCAAGACCAUCGGAACUGUUGGUGCAGGGCGGAUUGGCAAGCUUUUGCUUCAAAGGUUGAAGCCUUUCAAUUGUAAUCUUCUCUAUCAUGAUCGUAUCAGGAUGGAUCCGGAAUUAGAGACCCAGACGGGAGCAACAUAUGAGGAAGAUCUUGUGAAGAUGCUCGGAAAGUGUGAUGUUGUUGUCAUAAAUACUCCUCUUACCGAGAAAACCAAAGGAUUGUUCAACAAGGAGUUGAUUGCAAAGAUGAAAAAGGGUGUGCUUAUUGUUAAUAAUGCUCGAGGAGCAAUUAUGGAUACCCAAGCUGUUAUUGAUGCUUGUUCAACUGGGCACAUUGCAGGAUAUAGUGGAGAUGUUUGGUACCCCCAACCAGCUCCAAAGGAUCAUCCUUGGCGAUACAUGCCGAACCAUGCUAUGACUCCGCACAUAUCCGGCACAACCAUAGAUGCACAGUUACGGUAUGCUGCUGGUGUUAAGGACAUGCUGGAUAAUUACUUCAAAGGAGAAGAAUUUCCUGCUCAGAACUACAUUGUGAAAGAGGGUGAAUUGGCACCCCAAUACCGCUAAUUAGAAGUAUGUUUUAGUACAUGCUUUCACCUAGUUCGACUUGAAUAACCAGGGGUGUUAAUAUGGUGCAAUCUUACAAUAAUAUUCCUAAUUGUUAGCUUCAAAAAUUAGGAUUAUUUGUGUGCUCGAGUGUUGUAUGUUGAGGUCUCGACUUUCGACGCAUUAAACAAAAGCAAAUUUCUUAUUUCUGCUUGAAACUCGAAUAUUAAUAUCAAAAUAUAUGAAAUCUAUCUUUUUCGGUUA